CCAUUGCCUACUCUAAUCACGGCCCAUCAGCUGGCUAUCUCCCUGUAGCCUAAAAUGAAUUGUGAUAGCUCCGCCCAUUCAUAGCCAGAGGGUCGUAGUCCCUCUCAAACUUUUCCAAAUUCCACGGCUUCUUUCCACCUUUUAAAAUUUUCUGAAAAUCUGCCAUUGCCGUGCUGCUGCCGCCUUGUGCUGCUGCCAUUGCUGCUGCUAAUGCCUCUGCCAGGCUGUUUUUUUCCCCUUUAGUUCAACGAGCUGCUUUUCUAAAUGAGGAUUAAAUGCUGUGUUUUAUUUUGUCACAGUACAACCUACGGUAAAAACGAAGAAACACUAAAUUUUUUUUCAUGGCCUAAAGACGAGAAUGUCAUUGAGCUGUGGCUCAAUGCAUUCUCGUCUAACAGUUGUGUUACUGGAUUUACUAAGAAUUUCAAGCUACUAAAAUCCUUAAGAAUAUGCAGUUUACAUUUUGAAAAAAAAUGUAUCAAUGAAAAAAAUAAAAAACUAUUGCCAAAUGCUGUACCAACCAUAUUUCAACUUCCUACGAAGGCAACAAACGUGAGGGGAGAGACAAUCACAACACCGUUCUCAAAUGUCACUGGACAAUCAUGUCAACAACUAGAGCCUCAUCGUUCUGAUGCCCAAAACUCCACAGUUUUCGACCAUCCAGAGGACAAUCACUAUGAACAAGAUUUGUAUUCUAAUUAUCGAUCUUCAACACCUGCAAGCAACCAUAAUAGUGGCUUUAUGGACGAAGAAGUAGUAUCACUAAUAAAUUCCGCUCGGAACCACAAUGUUAUGAAAGAAGUUGAUGCAAGUAAGACUGUUACUGAAAUGUCCGAAAAGGUCAUGGAUAUCAACGACUUGAAAACAACAGGAAAUAUAAAAUCCAUAGACCCAUUACGAAAGAUGAGAAUAUUGGUGAAACUUAGCAAAACAAAAAUAUCUAAAUUCUCAAAGAUUCCUUUGAAAAACAACAGAAUGUUGGUUAGAAAACUUCGACGUCACGUUAAUGGUCUGGAGAAAAAGUUGAAGGACAUCGAAAAUUUAAUAGGAUUACAAGUCAUUAAUCUAUGUAAAUCCGAGGAGCGGAUGACAGAUGCUGUCAAAGCUUUAGUAAAUGUUUUUGAAGAAGAACUCGACAAACACUCAGAACAUAAUGCACAAGCUGAUGUUGUUGUUGUUCGUAUGUAA